AACACACUGGCCGACAACAUGGUGUGUGGAGCGGUCAGGAUAAUAUGACACUUGAGAACCAGCAAGGUUACCGUGAGCAUGUAACCUGGAUCACUGGGGAGAGCGAUGGCCGAGAAAGGGACACUCUUGCGGCUAUCGACCCGGCAGGAUUUUACAUCAGACCGCCACCCAAACCUCAUGAGCUGGACGGAGACAUUACAGAUGACUCAGACCUCUUUCAGACCAUUCAUAUGGGUGCCGCAGUGGUCAAUGAGGACGAAUGGCGACUCAUCAUAGACGGCUUAGUAGAGCGUCCGUUCGCGAUCGAUUUCGCGCAGCUCAAAGCCAUGCUCAAGAUGACGAUCACGUCUUUUCACGAGUGCUAUGGAAGUCCGAUAGCGCCGCCCACCAAAGCCUUAUGGAGGAUUGGAAAUGUGAGGUGGACUGGAGUCCGGCUGGCAGACCUGCUCAGGCUGGCUCGACCAAAGCCCGAAGCUACCCAUGUUUGGUCGCAGGGACUCGACCAUGGAACUUUUGCUGGAGUUUCUGCUGACAGAUAUGAAAAAGAUCUUACCUUGGAGAAGGCCAUGGCCCCUGAGGUGCUGAUUGCAUAUGAGAUGAAUGAGCAACCAGUGUCCAAGAAACGAGGCGGGCCUGUGAGGCUCGUGGUGCCGGGCUGGUUCGGGACAAAUUCGACCAAGUGGCUCUAUCGACUUUCAUUGCAGAGUUGUCGUGCUUCUGGUCCUUUUACAACGAGGUUUUACAACGAGAUCGAUCCCACGGAUCCUGCUGGACAGAGAUUGAGGCCGGUAUGGACGGUCGAGCCCAACUCGAUGAUCGUGAGACCGAAGCAGGGAGACGUUGUGCAACGAUCUAAGUUGGAGGUCUGGGGUCGUGCAUGGGGCUGUGAGGAGGUUGUUAAAGUCGAUGUCAGUGUCGACGGCGGACGGGGCUGGAUUUCUGCAGUGGUGACGCCGCGGAAAGAGUUCGAGUGGCAGCUAUAUCGGUGUGAAGUAGCAUUGGACAAGCCUGGGAACUGGCGGUUGUUGGUCAGAGCAACGGACAAGACUGGUGUAUCACAGCCACUGACGGGACGGAGGAAUCAUGUGCAUACUGUUGAUGUUGAGGUAAUCUGAGGUAAAGUGAAC